UUUUAAAUGUUAAGUAAACUUUGCACAGAGGAGAAAUGCAUUAAUUAUACAUAAACUCUGUUCAUUAAUUGCUCAAGAAUCAAAAUCUCGUGAUUUAUUUAUACUAUUUGUGUUCUUGAGUCUGAAUUGUGCUGAUUACUUAAAUAAGUAAUAGUACUUACUCCCCACUUGGAUGCUUGUAUAGGACAGAUACAGAAUUACUUUAAGUUAUAUAAUUUGUCCCUUCGAUGAAGGAAGUUGAAUAGCAGUAGCUCUCUAGGUUUUAAAAGCUGUUUUAGACUUUCACUUGAGUUCAUCUUCAGAUGUAAAGAAGAGUAUUCACAUUGAGUUUCAUUCUUAGUUCCAAAAUUUGAGUUUGUGUUGGGUAUUUCGUCUCAGUUAAUAACAAGUAUUCAUGAGAGGAUCUCCUAUGCAGUGGCCCUUCGCCAACAAGGGUUCACCUACCUUGCCUCAGUUCACGAACUUCAGAAAUACUCAAGAAGAGAGGCCCCAAAAAAUUGUUAAUGAUCCCCUUGGAUCAUCUACUUUUAUGCCUAUGUCGACUUCAGAUGCUUUUGAUGCAAACCAAAAAGCUUAUGCUAACGCAGUACAGAAAAACUUUAACCUCGACAGACAAGGGGGCAACCAUUAUGCAGUAACAUCAUAUCCAUCGCAACACGUUGAUCCGUAUUCAACUCACCGUUCUAAUGAAAUUAGAACCUUUUCUGUUUCUAAUCACGCGAUUGCAGUUGCUAUGAGCAAUCCUUACUUCAAGAGCCAAGUUUCAACAGCUGGGCAUCCUUUGGCUACUUCAAAUCUUAAGCAACAACCCCUCGGAGGAAUUCCAGUUAUGUCUCCCCAUCAUGUCACUGCUGCUUCCAUCGCCGGUGCCCCUGAUCAGAGGAACAUGUCUAGGCCUGCUGCUGCACCUGCGCAGUUGACCAUCUUCUAUGGGGGUUCAGUGAAUGUGUAUGAUGAUGUGUCUCCUGAGAAGGCUCAAGCUAUUAUGUUCUUGGCUGGAAAUGGGGAUUCGACGACUCCUAAUGUAGCAACUCCCAGAGCUCAAUCGCAGCCUCCAACCCCAAAGGGCGCUGAUGUUUUUCGAGGGAACCAUUCCCAUUCAACACCAGCUGAUGUUUUUCGAGGGAACCAUUCCCAUUCAACACCACCUUGUUCAGGUCUAUCAAGCCCUCUAUCUGUUACUUCACAACCCGGUUCUCAGUCUGUAAGUGGAUGUAGUGGCGCCGACGAAUUGAUGGCUGCAAAAUCUGUAGUAACUAUGGCGACUCCGAUAAGCCAGGCAGAACCUUCUAAAGCAUCAUCUUCAGAUGGAUCUGCUGGAAAUUUAAGACCUGCAGCUGUGCCUCAGGCUCGUAAAGCGUCAUUGGCCCGGUUUCUGGAGAAGCGCAAAGACAGGGUGAUUACUGCAGCACCUUACAGCACCAACAUGAGCAAGAUGUCCCUUGAAAGCAGCAAUAGCCAAGGUUCCAAUGGUGGUGCAGUAAAUCCUGGUGCAGCCUCUUUUCUAAACAACACGAACAACAAAGAACCGUCAUGGAAUAUGGUGAAGGCCAAGAUUGAAAGAUUAGAUGAAGGAGGUUUACAGACCAGAAGUUGAGAUGUAAACAAGAGAACAAGUGAAGAACACAUUCUUUUGUUUUUAAAAAAUUUUAGUCUCAGUUUUCUAUCCAAGUCGGGCCUCCACUGUCUCAUUUUUUUUUUCUUAUAUUUUUUAUUUUUCAUUACGCUUCUAUUUUGUCCUACGUCUGUGAUCGGAGCAUUUUCAUCCGAUAACACUUGGUAACAAUUUAGUGUUAUCAAUUUAACUUAAUACAGGUAAGCGUAUAUAAUAAUUUCUUCUUCUUUCUUC